AAGCCUUGUCUGAGGAGGAGUUAGCAGUUGCUAAAUAUGACUUCGGUCAAGCUCAUGAGUUGUAUCAUAUUAGGUCUUCUGGUCUUAUGCCCUGGCGCUAGGAGUGCCCAAGGUUCCAACAUCUUCUCAUCAGAACGAUUUGGAAGCUAUGGCGGUCAAUCCCAAGCUUCCCAGACCACGACGUACACCAAGGACGUGGAGUCUCUCACUUCCGAGCUGCUUUUAGUUCCAUCCGUCAACAUUUGCGGUGGCGACCAAAAGCCCACCGUAUAUAAGGAAGAGCCGCUCCAAAGUGACGCUCCCUAUGAUGAGAAGGUGAAAAAGAUCAAAGUGAUCAAAGACGAUACGCUCAAGGAGACUUGUGACUUUUAUACACAAUCUCACGGAUACGAAUGUGUACCCUACUACCAAUGUGAUAUCGAUGGCACAAUCUUGACUGAUGGAGCGGGCCUCAUCGAUAUUCGCUUUGGUGGGAUCGGCGACGAUGAAGAGCCUUUGGUGACUUUAGAUGCGUCAGACAAGAAAUGUCCCCAAUCCUUGGAUGUAUGUUGCAAAGAUCCCAACUGGAUUCCGCCCAAUCCUCCGACCACUACUUCAACAACCACCACCUCUACAACAACAAUAACAACAACUACUACUACUACUACUACUACCACCACAAUCAGACAAUAUCCAGAGCCGCUUAUUGACACUACGACUUCAACCACCACCACCACAACAACAACGACCACGACCACUACGACCACUACGACCACAACGACAACUACCACAACAACAGCUCCACGGCCCUAUGUGCCAAAAUGCGGUCGUCACAAUGAAUACGGUCUAGGGGUCCGUAUUUCGGGGUACAGUGAAGGUGAAUCCCAGUUUGGAGAAUGGCCUCACAUGUGCGCAAUCCUCAGCAUCAAAGACAUCGGAGGAUCGAAAAUCAACAUGUACGAGUGUGGAGGGUCUCUAAUUGCACCAGGAGUCGUUCUGACCGCGGCUCAUUGUUCCAAAAAAUUGACCGAGGGACGCGCCAAGGUUCGCUGUGGUGAAUGGGACACGCAAACUCAGAAUGAGCCUCAAGCUCACCAAGAUCGUUUGGUGACCACCAUCGUCUCUCAUCCGGAGUUCAAUCCCAGAUCGUUGGCCCAAGAUUAUUCGCUUUUGUUUGUGGACGAGGACUUUGAGUUGGCCAAGCACGUGGACACCGUGUGUUUGCCCAACCCAGGAGACAACUACGAUGAUGAACGUUGCUGGGUCACUGGCUGGGGCAAGGACAAAUUCGGGAAAGCCGGCUCCUACCAGGUGAUUCUGAAAGAGAUUGAUCUCCCCAUGAUGAAUCACACCCAUUGUGAAUGGAGUUUUAGGCACAAUAGUCGUUUGCCCAUGCGGUUUCGUCUCCACUCAUCUUUCGUCUGCGCGGGAGGGGAGGCCGGAAAAGACGCUUGCCGGGGGGAUGGGGGCGGGCCCUUGGUUUGCCCUUUGAAAGAGGAUCCCACCAGAGUGGCGCAAAUCGGAAUAGUUGCUUGGGGCAUCGGAUGUGGGGAAGCCGGUGUUCCUGGAGCUUAUGCUUCCGUUCCAAGCGGUCUCUGUUGGAUCGAUUGGGCUUUGUCCUGCAAUUACCGACAACAUUUGGAUCACUCGAGUUUCCUUGGUUAUGGACAAGAAUGCCAGGAGUGGAUCGAAGAGAAAAAGAGGAAUCGAAGGCUCCCCAGAGCAAUCCGAGAGCACUACGACAGUUGCCACGUACUUUGGGGCUCUGGUUCGAAACCGUCCCAAACUCAAACUGGAUACUAGAACGUUAUUUCAAUUUGGGUUUGACAAUAAAUUGUGAUAAUGUUUUGGGGGA